AUGAUUGCCCCAAAUUUACUUAGAAUCAUAGUGAUUGGUGCAGGUUUAAUCGGCCCUCGACAUGCAUCGCAUGUAACUCAAAAUCAACAGACAGAAUUGUUUGCAAUAAUAGAUCCCAACCCUGCAGUGGCAGAACUAGCCGAGUCGUUGAAAACUUUGUACUUUCCAAGCAUACAGUCAUGUAUUGAUCAUUGUGUGUCCAACUCGAUCCCGUACCCUGAUGGUGCUAUCGUCUGUACCCCCAACCAUACCCAUACCAGAAUAUCCAUGGAACUAGCCAGUCAUGGUAUACACUUGUUGAUUGAAAAGCCUGUAUCGACUAUUCCCGAAGACGCCAAAGCACUAAAGGAAUAUUGUCAAGAAAAGAAUGUUAAAGUUUUAGUUGGACAUCAUAGAAGAUUCAAUCCGUAUAUCAUUGGCACCAAGGAAAACUUACACAAAGUUGGUCAAAUUGUUGCAAUCCAGGGUAGCUGGUGCUUGCGUAAACCACAAGAAUAUUUUAAUAUGUCACCUUGGAGAAAAGAUACCAAAACCGGUGGUGGUGUAUUGUUGAUUAAUUUAAUCCACGAUUUGGACUUGUUACAGUAUAUGUUUGGUCGAAUCCACAGAAUCUAUGCUGAACUAUUACCACAGCAGAGAGGCCAUUCCACCGAUGAAGGUGCAGCCUUAACCAUUAAAUUUGAUAAUGGAAUUACAGGUACAUUUAUCUGCUCCGACAACGUUGUUUCACCAUUUAACUUUGAAAAUGGUACUGGAGAAAAUCCAACAAUCCCAAAGCACAAAGAACUUGCUGGUGUGUAUCGUAUAUUUGGAUCCAAUGGUACUCUUUCUGUGCCUGACAUGACACUAUUCCACCAAGAAGAUUCGUCAUGGACAAACCCAAUCCAUGAAUCAGAGCUCAAUCUCGAUGCCGAAAAGUUACCAUUUGAUUCACAACUAGACCACUUUGUUGAUUUGAUUCGUGGCAAUGUCGAUGAGCCAUUCUGUACUAUUGAUGAUGGUAUAUCUGCUUUAUUGUGUAUUGAUGCGGUUAUGAAAUCCAUAGAAACAGGUAUGCCGGUGGUUGUUCAAGAUGUCAAAAAAAUACAUUCGUCAAAGUAG